CUGUAAUAUCGCUUAAAAACGGUAGAUACAUGGCCUAUGCAAUUAGGCUAAUUGUUGGUUCACCUGCCAGGUGUGUGGUCCUCACCCAGUCAAAAUGGCAGCUGAUAAGACAAUGGCAGCUGAUACAACAAACAAAAAAAUUAUUUUGGAAUUAUAAAUUAACUUUACAAAUGCACAAGAACCUUGUUUAUCGAAUCACAAUUAUGAACGAUGAAAGAGUUACCUGGUAUGUUCAAAACUGAGUGUCAGGAUCGCCACUUCUGGCUGUCAGUCAAGUCUAGCCUCCUUGGUCAGAAGUUUAGGUUUGAUGUUGAAGGUGAGUGUGGUGCCCACACCCUCUCAGGCAUGGGGGCUGCAGAAUGUGGCUACACCAUGGUGCUGGACUCCUGGGGGGACCUGGUCCUCCGUGCUUCCUACCUGGCUUGUCAUGUACACAAUGAGGUGAUUACUACUAUCAGUAUCUGGAAGCCACAGUUUGGGGAUUCAUAAUGAAUAGGGGGGGAUCAUGGAGGAGCCUCUACAGAACUAAGACCAUCAACUUUUAAUUAAAGACACUGCUUUCCGAAUGCUGGUGUGGUUUGUGAACAGAGAUGUUGACGGUGAGGAUAUGUCCUACCCUCUCCAGCUGACCUGCCAGCCAUGGAAUCCCCGGGAGAUAGUCUGUGAAGAGAACUAUAUGGAGGUGUCUGCCAUAAAACGGGUCCCUCCUGCCAACCACAAGGGUCUGGAAUGGAUGACACCACCACCUGUGGUGCAUAUUUCCUUUUGCACAGAGAGGCCAACAAGAGGGCCAUUCAUGAUUUCAAGUGCUUUCCACUGAUCAAAUACACAUCUUGUAGAUGUAUAUUUUAUCUGUUGGUCAAAAUAAAAUUCAAUUCAAUAGUGUUUUGUUGUUCCUAUGGCUCCCGCCUCGCCUACAUCCUACAGGAGAAAGGUAUCGAGGUGGAGGUGGUCAGUGCCACCAUUCUUUACAAACACCACUGGACACUUCUAAGAGUGGACGCCUCGGUUGCUUGCACCACAAACAAGGCCUCCAUGGAUGGGAAGCACAUUCUGUGGAGGUUCCCCAAGUUGCUGUCCACCCUGGUGCAGCCCCCCUUCAGAGACAAGGGCCUGACGGUGGGAGUGGAGGGACGCUACCUGAGUGACUGUGUGGCCCGUCAGCGAGGAUAUGACAUACAGGAACAGGAUGGAGCUGUGGAGAUUUUUCCUCCUGCAGAAACCAAUCCCUCUGAGGGACAGUUCUCUGUGUCACUGGGCUUGUUCCCCCAUGACGUGUCUCUGUCCAACAUCACCGUGGGGGACCAGUCCAUGGCAGAGCAGCUAGGGGUUUACCUCUCACAGGUCCCCUUCCCCAAUGGCACCCAUGCCUACCUACUGAAGACCCCCUUCUCACACCAUCUGGUCUCCCAGAAGUAUCUUGGGCAGGGGUACAGGAGGUACAGUCUGGCAGUGACCUUCACUCUUUCCAUCUCCCCCCACGCUGACCUGUACCAUCACCCUGCCACCGUGGAGGCUGUCCUACAGGAUGUUGUCCUGCCCAGAGUGGAGGGGGGGUGCUCUGAUAAAGGGGUGCGUCUGCAGCUGCACUACGGAAACAUGGACACCCAGUGGGAGGUGUACGUGGGGGGUCGCAGGCUGGACUGGGAGCUGGUGGAGAUGGGCGACUACGCCCUGGAGACCAGACAGGACUACUUCAGUAUGGUGAUCCCUCUUUACGGCCUUGGCAUGGCCAACAAAGUGUGGGGACUAAACCAGUUUAGCUGGUCUGAGUUUGCAGGGGCUGGUGGUAACUGUGAGAAUGACACUGGAGAGACGGCCCUACAGGAGCACACCUUCACCCAGCGCUGUAUCUUCCUUGUGAAGGAACUACUGGCUCUGUCCAGCCGAUGGCUGCAGUGA